AUGGCAAGCCAGCUGCGCUUCGACGACCAGGUCGUCGUCGUCACCGGUGCCGGUGGUGGCCUCGGCAGGACGUAUGCCCUCUACUUUGGCUCGCGUGGAGCCAAGGUUGUCGUCAACGACAUUGGCGUUCCCAAGACCGGUGGUAGCAGCAUAUCGAAAAAGCCUGCCGAUGCCGUGGUCAAGGAGAUCAAGGCUGCCGGUGGCCAGGCCGUAGCCAACUACGACUCGGUCGACGAGGGCGAAAAGAUCAUCGAGACGGCGAUUCAGAGCUUUGGCCGCGUCGACGUGCUGAUCAACAGUGCCGGCAUCAUCCGACCAAAGCCGUUUGCCGCGACCACAGACGAGGACUGGGACGCGACGAUUCGCGUGCACGUCCGGGGAACGUACAAGGUGACGCGGGCAGCAUGGCCGCACUUCCGCAAGCAAAAGUUCGGGCGGGUCAUCAACACGACGGCGGCGGCAGGUCUCUUUGGUGCGGCCAACGUGGCGGCGUACUCAGCGGCCAAGGCGGCCAUGAUCGGCUUUACCGAGACGCUGGCCAAGGAGGGCUUCAAGUACAACAUCCUGGCCAACGCGAUCUCGCCGGCAGCAGCCAGCGGCGAGUCGGAGGACCUGUUGGAGCGGUCGGUGGCGGCAGUGCUGAAGCCGGACUGGAUCGCGCCGGUGGUGGCGGUGCUGGCACACAAGUCCAACGAGUCCGAGACGGGAGCGGUUUUUGAGAUCGGCGGCGGUCACGUGUCGAAGCUGCGGUGGCAGCGGGCAGGCGGGCUGCUGCUCAAGUGCGAUGACAGCUACACGCCGGGUGCAGUGCUGAAGAAGUGGGACCAGAUCAGCGACUUCACGGAGGCGCAGUACCCGACGGGCCCCAACGAUUUUGUCACGCUGCUGGAGGACUCGGUCAAGCUGGGACCCAACGACAGCGGCGAGCCGGUCAGCUUUGCCGGGCGCGUGGCGCUGGUGACGGGUGGCGGCGCGGGCAUUGGGCGGGCGUACGCGCUGGCGUUUGCCAAGCACGGGGCGGCCGUGGUGGUCAACGAUCUGGCCGACCCGGACACAGUGGUGGGCGAGAUCCGGAAGAUGGGCGGCAAGGCGGUGGGCGUCAAGGCAUCGGCUGAGGAUGGCGACGUGGUGGUCAAGGCGGCCAUCGACGCGUUUGGCCGCAUCGACAUUGUGAUCAACAACGCGGGCAUCCUGCGCGACAAGGCGUUUGCCAACAUGGACGAGAAGAUGUGGGACGCGGUGAUGAACGUGCACGCGCGCGGGACAUUCCGGGUGACCAAGGCGGCGUGGCCGUACUUUAUCAAGCAGAAGUACGGACGUGUGGUCAACACGACGUCGACCAGCGGCAUCUACGGCAACUUUGGGCAGGCCAACUACUCGGCGGCCAAGUGCGCCAUUCUCGGGCUCUCGCUCGCGCUGGCAGUCGAAGGCGCCAAGGACAACAUCUACGUCAACACGAUCGCGCCCAACGCGGGCACCGCGAUGACGCGCACGGUCAUGCCCGAGGAGCUGGUGCAGGCGUUCAAGCCCGACUACAUUGCGCCGCUGGUGCUGGCGCUGUCGAGCGACAAGGUUCCCAAGAACCCGACGGGCGGCCUGUACGAGGUCGGCAGCGGUUGGGCCGGACGCACGCGGUGGCAGCGGUCGGCGGGCGUGACCUUUGCGCAGGACAAGGCGCUGACAGCCGAGACGGUGGCCCGGCAGCUCGGCGAGAUUGGCAACUUUGACAACGGCCGUGCCGACUACCCGACCAAGGCAGAAGACAGCCUGAAAUGGGUGUUUGCCACGCUGGAGCAGCAGAAGAAGCUCAAGGCCAAGUCCGAAUCCGACGGCGGCUCGUCCGGCCAGUCCAAGUACCUACGGGCCAUCGAGAAGGCCAAGAAGCAGAGGUCGGAGCCGACCGAGUUUUCGUACAAGGAGCGCGAUGUGAUGCUGUACAAUCUGGGAGUUGGUGCCAAGCGGACAGAUCUGAAGUACAUCUACGAAGGAGCAGACGACUUCCAGGUGCUCCCGACAUUCGGCGUGAUCCCGCAGUUCGACGCGGACCUGCCGUACAGCUUUGACGACAUUGUGCCCAACUUCAACCCGAUGAUGCUGCUGCACGGCGAGCAGUACCUGGAGAUCCGCGAGUAUCCGCUGCCGACGUCGGGCCGGCUGCUCUCGUCGGGCCAGCUGCUGGACGUGGUAGACAAGGGCAGUGCGGCGAUUGUGCGCACCGGCAUCACGACGAUCAGCGCCGACACGGGCCGCGAGCUGUUCUACAACGAGACGACCGUCUUUCUGCGCGGCAGCGGCGACUUUGGUGGUGCCAAGCGGAUGUUGGAUCGCGGCGCAGCCACGGCCGCCAACCAGCCGCCCAGCCGCGCGCCAGACGUCAUCGUCGAAGAGGCCACGUCGCCCCAGCAGGCGGCCCUCUACCGGCUCAGCGGCGACUACAACCCGCUGCACGUGGACCCGUCCUUUUCUGGCAUGGGUGGCUUCAAGCAGCCGAUCCUGCACGGGCUCUGCUCGUUUGGCUUUGCCGGCCGCGCCGUCUACGACCAGUUUGGACCGUUCCGCAGCAUCAAGGUGCGCUUUGCCGGCACCGUCGUUCCAGGACAGACGCUCGUCACCGAGAUGUGGCGCGAGGGUCCCCGGAAGUCGCGCGUCAUCUUCCAGGUGCGCGUCAAGGAGACGGGCAAGCUGGCCAUUGCGGGGGCGGCAGCCGAGCUGGUGUCGGAGAAGAGCAGGAUCUAG